AUGCGCAACGAGCCUGGCGGUGCGCUGCUCGCCGAAGCUGCCCAGAUUCGGGGUACCGGAGCCCUCCACAGCUGGUGGGUGCAUUACUCUGGCAGGGGCAGGAUUCGUCCGAGGACUGCCCACCGACGAAUCCUGUGCUCUGGGGAAUUUAACAGCAAAACUCCCUUUGAAUUCAGUGGUACGUGCUUGGAAAACCCCACCCUGCUAACAACUGUUAAUAAAAAUGGAAUUUACCAGUUUGAACAGACUUCAAAAUGUAAGGCAAUUCAGGACAACAUUUUGUCAUCAUCUAUCAAGAAGAAAAGAUAUUCGGAAGAUUAUUAUCUUCACAUAGUCACAAAACUGCAGAACUGCACCUGGAUAAGGAGACCAGAAGAAUCUACAAAAUUCAGGUCAGAAUUAGCUUCCUGCUGUGAUGCAGUUCACAAUUUUAUUGCUUCUCAAAACAACACCCCGCUGGGAAGUAAUAUGAGUUACGAAGUGGACAGUAAAAAGACCAUCCUCAUUACAGAGGACGUUUUUAAGAUGCUGCCUGUGUCCUCUCCUCUUUCCUAUCCCUUCAAGACCUGUGCUGUGGUUGGAAAUGGAGGCAUUCUGAAAAAUUCCAGCUGCGGAGCUGAAAUUGAUCAUUCUGACUUUGUGUUUAGGUGUAACCUCCCUCCAACCAUGGGAAGCAUUAGCAAAGAUGUUGGCAAUAAAACAAACCUUGUGACUGUUAAUCCGAGUAUCAUAGCUCAGAAAUACAACAAACUAAAUGAAAAGAAGAUAGAAUUUCUGGAGAACAUUGCAGUCUAUGGAGAUGCUUUCCUUUUAUUGCCAGCAUUUUCCUUCAGAAGCAACACAGCCACUUCUUUUAAAGUAUAUCACACUCUGCAAGAGUUCAAAGCAACCCAAAGGGCAAUAUUUUUUCACCCCACCUAUCUGAAAAGUCUUGCCCAGUUCUGGAGAACUAAGGGUGUGAAAGCCUACCGGUUGUCGUCUGGUUUUAUGAUCACUAGUGCUGCUUUUGAGCUGUGUGAGAAUGUGAAGCUCUACGGCUUCUGGCCUUUCUCAAAAUCCACAGAGAAGAUGCCAAUCAGCCACCACUAUUAUGACAACCAGCUGCCUAAACCAGGUUUCCAUGCAAUGCCCAAAGAAUACAACCAGAUCCUUCAGCUUCAUAGCAAAGGCAUUUUGAAGUUGCAGUUGGGUAAAUGUGAAUCAGACUAAAAAGGGUGGUGAUCCUAAGGAGACAAUUUGUGUAUAUCUCAGCAGUUCGGUGUUGGAUUUGGUCUGAUGUGGUUUUGUGAGCAUUAAACUGCAUUAUUACAAUAGAGAAAUAUUUUACACUUGGGGAGAAAAGGAAGUGAUUUUUCACACAAUGACUGCUACAUUUCCGAAUUUUGAGUAAUCGUUUUCUUAAAUACAAAAUCGCAUUUAUUUCGGAAAUUCUGAAACUCCUGACUAUUGGUUUAAUUGUAGCAAAGCACAAUCUCAGGAUGGUGGCAAUAUGUGAC